CGUUUGUCUAUGCUUGAUAUUUAAUUUCUCUAGGCAAUGUCACUACGAGUUUUGUACAAAUCAAUUGCUAGGAAUUUAUUGCCAAUUAUUACAAUAGCUCCACACACUGUUCACUGCUCUCUCACACUCAUACACUCGCACACACGUGCACUUGAAUUCUCAACAAAACAUAUGCUCCGUGAGGUUCAGUGUGUACACGCUAAUAAACUCAUAAAACUUUCUACCUGCGCGCGUACUUUCAAGCGCAUUAAAAAGGGAUUACGCGUUUUUCAUCGGAAAAUCCGGGAAUUUUAUUGCCCUCUUUUAGAUGACAGCUGCAUCGCAAAUUUUCUGCAAAUUUCCGCAUAAUUUUUGAUGGUUUACAAAAUUUGCGUGGACAUCAACUGGAUAUAAAAGGCAGUAUAAUCUAUCUGGAAUAUCAGUAGCAAGUCAACAGUAGUCUACAGCACUAACGUUCUCUCAUCUCAAAAGUUCUCAAUUUGUAUACAAAAGCACUUUGAAAAUCAUGGACAACACUGAAGCCAUCCAAAUCAUGCAGCGUUUGAAGAGCUUGAAGAUCGUUGAAACUCCUCGUCAGCAACAGCGGGAAAGUGGCCUUCGGGAAUGUCAAUCGGAGAUUGUAAGAAAGACGCAGGUGCCUGCUACUCCCUGCAUGAGUGCAUCCUCAUUUCAAUCGGAACUUAAGAAACGCCGCAAAAUGAAAUUGAAUCGUGUCUAUAACUAUGAGUCCGAUAUGCAUUUCAUUAAGGCCCGAAAGUCUCUUAAUUUUUAAAAU